AUGUUUAGCUUGCAGCUCGCGCUACUGCAGGUGUUCUUCUUGAUGGUCCCCGAGAGGGUCCUCUCUCAGCCCUCUCCGUCUCCGUCUAAGGCAAUGCCCACCCAUUCGGACCUGGGGCCAAGGACGCAGGGCGGGACCCUUCAAUCCUCGGAGGUUCCUGGGAUAUCUACGGUGGGUCCUACUGUCGUAACCUCCUCGACACCGGAGAAUAAGACCGUGAGCCUCUUCCCAGUCCUACCGAUCUGUGUCUGUGACUUGACUCCCGGUGCCUGUGAUAUAAAUUGCUGCUGCGACAGUGACUGCUAUCUUCUCCAUCCGAGGACAGUUUUCUCCUUCUGCCUUCCAGGCAGCGUGAGGUCUUCAAGUUGGGUGUGCGUAGACAACUCUCUUAUCUUCAGGAGUAAUUCCCCAUUUCCUUCAAGAGUUUUCAUGGAUUCAAAUGGAAUCAAGCAGUUUUGUGUCCAUGUGAACAAUUCAAGAUUAAACUAUCUCCAGAAGCUCCAAAAGGUCAAUGCAACCAACUUCCAGGCCCUGGCUACAGAGUUUGGAGGUGAAUCAUUCACUUCAACAUCCCAAACCCAAUCACCACCACCUUUCUACAGGGCUGGUGACCCCAUUCUGACUUACUUCCCCAAGUGGUCUGUAAUAAGCUUGCUGAAGCAGCCUGCAGGAGUCGGAGCUGGGGGGCUCUGUGCUAAGAGCAAUCCUGCAGGUUUCCUGGAGAGUAAAAGUACAACCUGUGCUCAUUUCUUCAAGAAUCUGGCAGAUAGUUGUACCUCGGAUCCUGCCCUCAAUGCUGCCUCUUACUAUAAUUUCACAGUCUUGAAGGUUCCAAGAGGUAUGAGUGAUCUGCAGAACAUGGAGUUCCAGGUGCCUGUAACACCUGUCUCACAGGCUGGCUCUCCUGUGUUGGCUGGAAACACUUGUCAGAAUGUUGUUUCUCAGGUCAUCUAUGAGAUAGAGACCAAUGGGACUUUUGGAAUCCAGAAAGUGUCCGUCAGUUUUGGACAAACGAACCUGACUGUUGAGCCAGGCACUUCAUUACAGCAAGAUUUCAUCAUUCACUUCAGGGCUUUCCAACAGAGCACAGCUGCUUCUCUUACCGGGUCUAGAAGUGGGAAUCCUGGCUAUAUUGUCGGAAAGCCACUCCUGGUUCUAAGUGGUGAUAUAAGACACUCAAUGACCCUCUUACAGAGCCAGGGUGAUGGAACUUGCGCUAUUAAGAGACAUGAAGUACAAUUUGGAGUGAAUGCAAUAUCUGGAUGCAAGCUCAGGCUGAAAAGGGUGGACUGCAGCCACUUGCAGCAGGAGAUUUAUCAGACUCUUCAUGGAAGUCCCAGACCAGAGCACAUUGCCAUCUUUGGAAAUGCUGACCCAGCCCAGAAGGGAGAGUGGACCGGGAUCCUCAGCAGGAACUACAAUGUUUCAGCUAUGCACUGUACUUCCUGCUGUGUCAUACCAGUUUCCCUGGAGAUCCAGAUUCUGUGGGCAUAUAUAGGCCUCCAAUCCAACCCACAAGCUCAUGUGUCAGGAGCCCGAUUUCUAUACCAAUUCCAGUCCAUACAGGAUUCCCCGCCCGAAACAGAAGUACCUUUGACAACUGUGGUGACUUUUGUGGACAUUACCCAGAAGCCAGAGCCUCCAAGAGGCCAACCCAGAAUUGACUGGAAAUAUCCAUUCGACUUCUUUUUUCCCUUCAAAAUGGCAUUUAGCAGAGGAGCAGACUCUCAAAAAGGCUCCAUCUUUCCCAUUCUUAUCCUGUGUCUCUUACUGCUUGGAGUUCUCAACCUAGAGACUAAGUGA